UAAUGCCUACAUUAAGUAAUGUCACGACUAACUCCAGCGGGAUGACAUUGUACUGGCUCACACUCAACAUCACUGCCAGUCCACUUGUGAAGAGAGACAUCUUUGAGGCAAACAUCAUGGACAGAAUUGUCCUGCCAAACCUGAAUACUUCACUAGGUGACGGUGACAUUACCCUGUAUCCGGUUUUGAUCCAGUCUUCGUAUUUCGAUAAAGACAUCGUCUGCUUGCACGAAAAUUACGUCUGCCAAGAUUUGGAGAUCAAAUCUGUCAGGCCCCGAAAUCACUCCAGCUCUGAAGCUGUGACGUUCUCAUCUCUACUGACAUGCGCAUUUGUGGUUUUUGAAAAUAAGCAGUACACCAUUACGUCUUAUGGUUUGUCUCAUCCUCUAAAUGUCACGAUAGUCUUGGAUCUUAAUGUUUUUAUCGUUCGAUUCUCUGGGAUUCAAGAUCUCAACAAGUUGAAGAUAAAAAUGGACGGAAGUCUGUGUGUAUGCAAAGAACUGCUUGACGAAAAGGUGAAAGAUUACGUUGAGAGUAAUCGCCCCUUAAAGGAACUUUUGGAGAUUGCUACGGUGGCCUCCCUUUGUGCUUCGAUGGCUUGUCUCUUCUUGAUGUUUAUGACGUAUGCCUUGUUCUCAGAGCUCAGGACGAAUGCUGGGGUCCAUAACAUGGUUCUUGCAGGCUCCCUCAUGCUUGCGCAGGCGUUUAUUUUGAUCAGCAGUCAUAUGUCUCCCCCGGGUGUCCUGUGCUAUGUUGUUGGUAUCUUCACACACUUCCUCUGGCUGUUCAAGUUCACCUCCACCUCCAUGUGUUGCGUGCACAUGUUCCAUGUGUUCACUGCAAAGACACGUCACGGCGGCAGGCUGAAGUGUUCCUUGGUGGCCAGGAGUCUUCUCUGUACCGUCUUGCUCCCGGUGGCGAUCAUCCUUGCGGUCAUUUUGUAUCACCUCAUCACAACUGAAAUGCAGGAGAUUGGAUAUGGAAAGUCGUAUUGUUACCUGGACUCUGCCACGUUCGUAGCUAUAGCCGUAGCUGGACCAGCCUUGUUGAUCUCCGUGGUCAAUCUUGUGUUCUUCAUUCUGACUGUGGUCGCCAUUAAGAGAGUCUACAGCUUACAGGCCUCGGCAUCAAUCAACCGUGACCACCAUACUAAUCUGUAUGUGUACGCCAAGCUGUCCACCAUGACUGGAACAUUUUGGACUUUAUCUAUAAUUGCUGAAAAUCUCGAUGUAGAUUUCCUAAGGUUGAUCCCCAUAUUCAUUAACGGACUUCAAGGCGUCUUUCUUUUCAUCUCUUAUAUCUGUAACAAACGAGUGUUGCGUCUUUAUCUGCCACGCAUGAGUGGGCACUCUGACGUCAUCACCAAAGUCUCCGUCAAGUGACGUCAAGACAGGGGGGUCACAUC